UCCCUGAAGUCCGAGGAAGUUAGCUGGCUAGACGAUCUAGCUCUGCAUUUUAGUUUAGCUGUCUAGCUAGCUCAUUUAGUUCCAAACAAAUAAUAAUCCACAUAUAUAUUUAUUAUCAAUGAUGGACAGGCUUCGUAGUAUGAUAGGGGGACGAGAAGACGAGGAAGUGGGGCUCACAGCGCAGGUCCUGGAUGCCUCAAGCCUCAGCUACAGCACCCGGGUGAAGUGGUUCGUCAUAUGCUUCGCCUCAGGCAUCCUGUGCUCCAUACUGGGCACCGCACUGCUGUUCUUACCCGGCGGCACCAAGCUGUUUGCUGUGUUCUACACACUAGGGAACCUCGCUGCACUCUCCAGCACCUGUUUCCUGAUGGGACCCCUUAAGCAGCUGAAGAGAAUGUUUGAACCCACAAGGCUGAUAGCCACCUGUGUGGUGCUGCUCUGUCUCAUUUUGACUCUUUGUGCAGUUUUCUGGUGGAAUAAGAAGGGACUGGCCAUCAUCUUCUGUAUUCUACAGUUCUUAGCAAUGACAUGGUACAGCAUCUCUUACAUUCCAUUUGCCAGGGAUGCAGUGAUGAAGGUUUUCACCAGCUGUCUGAGUUAGAGAACGGACGCCAGUCUCCCAGACCUGGGUUCAAGUACUAUGAAAUCACAAGACUGGUCCCAAAUAUGCAAAUGGAUAGAUAUUUUGUUUUUGGGGAAUUGUAUUUUUCAUUUUCAUUGCUGUUUUGAUACUGUGAAUCAUUCAUAUUUCCAAUAGUUGUAAUCAUGAUAGCAGUUAUCUGAAACUAAAGUUUAUUCAUAUUAUGCUUAUCAGGGUUGGGGUCAAUUUCAAUUCAGUUAAUUCAGGAAGAAGACUGGAAUUUGGAAUUGGAAUUAGUUUAAUUCCUGAAUUGACCCUGAUUGAUGCUUAUUUAUCUGUUUAGUUUCUUACUCUCAGAUUGGGUCUGUUAUUUUAAGUGUGUUUAUGCUUCCGGGUGAGAGGUGAAUGCUUGAAAUCAAAUGAUUUAAGAAUGUUCCUAAUAUAUAUAUCAUCCAAAAAGACAGGAUUGGGGUCAAGUGGAAUUGAAGACGGUCAAUUCAGGAAGUGAUUUGAAUUUCAAAUGAAAACAUUUAACAACUCUCAAAAUAAAUAGCUUUUACUUCUCAGUUUAUUGAGAAGUCAUUAAAAUAUGCUUCUUUUUUUUCAAUUAUUGAAUUGGAAGUUCAGUUUACUUCCUGAAUUGACUGCCUUCAAUUCGAAUUGACCCCUACCCUGCAAGAAUACCAAUUUUAUAUCUUGUUUUGUUCAGAGAAGGGAAAGGCCUAUAGACAUUUUACAAUAUGAUACCUGUAAAACUGAAAAUACAACUCAAUACCUUAA